UCUGUUCAACUUUGUUCGCCCGUUGGCCCGUUAAAAUUUGAAGUGUUUUUAUUUCUAUUGUGUACCUACUUUUCGAAAGAAAAAUAUCUAUAAAGCUGAAUUUCUGUGUAACAAUGUCUGAAGAAUAUUGCGAUGUUGUAAGGAGGCCUUUAAAUUCCUUUGGCAGCGCAAAACAUUUAAAAACUCACCUUCUUUAUCCUAAGUUGGUGCUCACAAGUAAAUCUGGAAUUGUGAAUAUCAUAAACAUAAAACCAAAUGAAGAAUCUCCAGAAAACGAGCAAUGCUUCAACAUGGAAGAAGAAAUAAUAGACACAGUGCUACAAGAUAAUAUUCUAUGGAUUGUUCUAGCUUCUGGACGCCUCUGCGUAUUAGACGUAACUUUAGAGAACAAAAGAAAUGUUGAGCUAACUAACUUCCCAAAUUACAAAAUCCGGGAUGUACGCACAAUCAAUGGCGCUGUGUAUUUUAUCAGUGAGAGUGAAGAAUGUUUGGUAUCUCAUUAUCCCUCGAAAGAAAUAGUAAAGCUCAUUGAUACAGCUGCGUCUGAGCUACAGAUAACUGUAGAAAAGGUGCGGGAACGCCGAGCGAUCAUGCACCAUAUUUCUACUGUCCAUCUCGGGGGCGUGGACGUGUCUGUGGACCAGGGUUCAAUUGUCGUGGAAUGUCCAAUCACUGGGUUGAAGGAAACUAUUUUAUCUGCUGGAUCAGAUAUCAAGCAGGUCCAGUGUUGGGGUGAGCUGCUGGUGCUGAUGGAUGGCAGCAGCAUGUGGCUCCUGGACUUGGCUGACGCUCGCAUAACACUUGAGUAUAGAACUGAAGGAGUUAAAUACUAUCCAGUGGGGACCUACUCAGAUGCAUUUUACUAUAUCUAUGCUGAUGGAAAGGAGGCUAAGGUGCACUCCAUUCAAAAAGACUUGCAUUCAUUGAAUGAAGUUGGGCCUAACAUGGGUAGCCUGAAAAAAGGUCUCAAGACAAUGGACUCUCAAGAAAUGCUGAAAACUCAACUCAGAUCUAUGGUGGACACUGCAGUCUUACCUGAUAAUGAAGACGUAGAGGUAAUAAAGCAAAUGAAACCCCUUUUUGAACAAAUACAAGAUGUAAAUUUCCUUUUAACAUCUGCUUUAAGACUUUGUGAAUACAACACCAUUUACAAGUGUCUGCUCUACAUUGUUCAAGCAAAAAUUAAAGAUAAUGAUGAUGUAAAAUUGAUUCAAGAAUUGUGUGAUAUCAUGUAUAAAGCAGACCUUACUGAGUACAUAAUUUUCAAAGGUAAUAACAGUUAUAAAGAAAUUAAUUUAUUUGAAUAUAAUUUCAUACAGCUCUGUACUCUAUUUAUAACAAACUCUGAUUUUGAUUUGGCUUGUAUGUGUUGGAGGAAGUACUCUGAUAUGAAAAUUGUUCUAGCUCCUGAUGAUAUUUUGUUAAUUUUAAAUGCCAUUCCAUACAACACAAAAAUAGGUGCAUUAAUUAUUUGGUUAAAGAAUUUUGUGCCAUCAUUAUUGAAGGAAAAUCCAUUUCAUAUUGAUAUAAUAGUGAGAUGGACCACUGAGAGGGUUUUUAAAUUAGAAAGUUCAUCAUACUGGCCCAAAAUUGGCUUAAAAUUUAUAGAUGAAAUAACAAUGGUACUAGAAAAUUCCAUGAAAACUAUUACUAUCAGGCCUGUUUCACUAGAUGAUCUUGAUGUAUUAAAAGUACGAAUUGUCUACAUUAUGGAGUUGAAAGAGAAGUAUAAAAUCAACAUGUUGCUAGCUGAAUUAAGCUCACAAAAUCCAACUGAAGUUUCGCUCAUCAUGUUACACCGUUGCUAUACGGAAGAUCUAGAAUCAUUUUUGCAGGGCUACUUACCAACUUAUGCUACCAGGCAUAAUUUUGAAUUAGAUGACACCUUAAGAUCUUACGUGGAGAGUGUGGCUGCGAGCGGCGGCGGCGGCGUCGAUGGCACUCGCUUACGAAUCUUAUUGAACGCGUUUCGUGUGCCGAGUAACAAGCUUGACUGCCUUCUUAAUGUACUCAGAUACCUUGAUGUUCCAUGGGACGCAAAUAUUCACGAUCUUGCAGUCACUAUGUCUGCAGUCGCUACCAACGACUUCACUUCCACUGACACCGAUAGAGCACUGGCCCGAGAAAUAGAAGAAGAACUGAAUUACGCUACUAUCAAAGUAGUGUUAAAAAAAUAUAACUACCCUAUGUCUCACACUGACUACCUACUGGUGAUUCAUAAAAUUAUUUCCGCCCCUAAAGUGGACCUGAAAGACCUAAAAACUAUAAUGAAUAUAUCAGCCUCUUUGAAAAGCUAUGGAAGCCUAUUAUACAUUCAUAGAUGCUUAACUGAUUGUAAUACUAAACUCGCCUUGGAAUAUUUUGAUGGUUUAACUGAAAAAGAGGGCAGGGUGACAUUGAAAUCAGCUAUGGCCAAAUAUGAGUUUUUAAUCAUGAACAAUAAUCAAGACGGCAAAACAAUCGAAAGAUGCUAUAUUGAUUUCUUCAAAGGAACUCAAUUGUUGGAUGACGUUGAAAUUACGACAGUCGAAAAUAUGUAUCAUUUGAAAAAUUCUUAUGACACUAAAUUUAGCAUGAAUGAAAUGUAUUGUGAGGAUUCUCAAAACGAAGACUCCCAGCGAAGCAUAGAUGUGGCUGAUCCGAAAACUACCGACCGUAGUAAACAUUUGGCACGGCUUUCUAGAACGCAUCAUUGGCGCAACUCUGCACUUUUCAGUCAGUUACAACGGAUAUGCACCACCAGCAAAGUCCGAAUGUUUACAGAGAAUAUCUUGAGUAAGUUGGAGAACAUUUCAAGCCAUGAAAUUUCCUCCUUAUUAUCGAAAUUUCUAGAUGGAACCGACAAUUCUGCAUUUUUAUUGGAAUUGUCCAGGGUAUUUGUCCAGCUUAUCUCUAAUUGUGCUGAAGAACACAUGUACCAUCUGACUAAAGUUUUGUCCAUUCUCAAUGCCAUGAUCAACACUAGCAUCGUGAUGAAGAAUCUCUCAACUGCUUGGAUCUUCCAUUACAUCUACAUGCCAAUGUCAUCAUUUUCAGCUGAAGACUGUUUGUUACAGUUCUACUCCAGGGUUGACAGUAAACAAGGGUACGAAUACGAUAAUGAUUACUUGGCAAGCUUGUGCAACAGAAACGACUUUAUACCUUUCAGAUUAUUUGCAAACAUGGCAGGCUCAUCUGCUUCUGUGGAUGAUGUGUUUAGACACUUCAAAGAUAAAACUCUGAAGAGAAUAAUAUCCAAGGUUUGCGUUCUGCAAGAAACGGACGAAUUGUUCCUUACUAGUAUGUUGCUCAUGCUCAACACAGAUAAUGUUGAAGAAUUUGGCAAUUAUAUGCUAGAUAUUCUCAAAGGACCCAAUGAAUCCAUGCCUCAAGGCGCCCUGACUUACCUCGCAUCACCAGUAGUUAGACGCGUGUUUGGCGUUGAUGGCAUAGCAGGAAAUGUCGCAUCUUAUCCGCCUCAAUACAUCCUCAAAUCUAAAUACAAUAUGACUCUAGCAGACAUAGCAUUACCCGAUAUCACUGAAGAAACUUGGGAUGUGAAACUAGUACUGUUCUUAGUUUUGAAACAACAGCCUCAUUUAUCCCUCGAAAGACUGAUCGAUCUGUGUAAAACGCUGAAUGUUGCAAUAGACGAUGGACUUUCUCUUCAGUUGAUAGCUGUUCUCACUACCUGGAAUCUGAACUAUGAAAUAUCCAAUGAUGAAUUAGGACGCCAGCAAGUCAAGGUCGAAAAAGACGAAAAACCUUUGGUGGAUGAAUGUACGAUUUUGUGGGAAAGUAUAAAAGAUAAAGCUUUUCUGAGAGAUAUAUUGAAUGAUUUUUGGAAGAAUGGCGAAGUCUCCUUGCACGGCCGUUUGAUAUCUAUUAAUCCGUAUUUCUAUGAAGUUUACCUUUGCAUCUAUUAUAUGUUGUUUGGAACUGGGAAGAGUAAAGAAUACUUCUUACUCAACUUUUUGAAAGGUUACAAGAGGAAGAGCUCUCCUCAACAAUAUGAAUUUGAACUGUUUUCAGUCAAAGGAAUGUUCCCCGAAAUUGGUCACCACAGACUUCCAUUCCACCUCUUCCUGCGUGACGACAUGUGGUUGAACUUGAAAUCCGAAAUCACUUUGGAAACGUAUGAGCAAUGGUUACCCGCCGUUGCUUUACUAGCGUUGGACAAAGAUGUCCAGACGGCCAAAGACAUGAUCUGCAGCAAUGCCUUGAAGCAAACAAUGAAGACUAGGAAAGUGGAAAGUACGGAUCCCGAGGCGAAGGACACAGAGCCGUGGCGCCUGUCUACUCGGGAGGAGCCACUUCUGAAGUCAGCUCAUCGCUGCGUCCGACAUAUUGCGAAUAUGGAGUGGGCCGGAGCUUGCCUAUUCUAUGUCCUGCAAGGCUGCGGGCGAGGAGCAGACCAAGUGGCGGCCGCCCAGCUGUGCUACCACUUCGCACAGCGCUGGGACGCAUUACAACCCGGUAAUCGAGCAGUAAGAAAAAUGGAACGCCUUCAUUCAACCCUAUCAACUCGACAUGCUUUACAUAAAAUAGAAUGGGCUACUGAGGAAUUGGUGCAACUAGUUACAGAACCCACUCAACUUAUCAGAGCGUUGUAUCUCCAUCCGAAAUUCGUCGAGAAAAUGACGAGAUUUGACGUCAACAACGCUGCUAAUGAGAUUGCGGACAAAAAUGGUAUUAACAUCAGUUCCAUCAGAAUACAGAUAUUAGAAAAUUUACUGGAAAAAGGCAGCGACACCAAAAGCAGGAAUUCUUUCGGAUUGGAUAACAGAGACUUGAUGACUGCUAAGUACAUUCUGAAAGCCACUUGUUCAAAAAUGGGAGCAAUAUAUCUAUCUCGUAUUGCAUUUGAUGAAGAGACAGACUUUAACAAGCAUAAGAAGUUAAGGGCGUUGCAAUGCUUGAUGAGCAUCGUCGAGCCAGACACAGCUCCAAAAGUAACAAAUAGAAAACGAGAAGAGCUAUGGAGUUCACUAUUGGAGCUGUUCUAUACAAUCAAUUUGGAAUACAUUGAUAUGCCAUGGGCGGUAGGCCCUUUUAUUCAAGAUAAAACGCGGGCACUUCGACAAAUUCUUGAAGCAAAUGAAAGUAACAUUGAAGGACUGAAGUUGGUAGCAGAGCUGACGCGCUUAUACGGUGAUGGUCCCACUAUUAUCAAAGUGAUACCUUACUUGCUGCGCGCCUCGCUCUAUGACGAGAUGAUUCCCUUGCUGUCGAAAAUACACACGACACCGGGAGAAAUAAUCCGCAAGGCGUGGCGGGCCGUCCUGCUAUCGCCGUUCCUUUCUGCCGACUAUCCCAUCACUGAACGUCAGAAGGCUAAUUGCCUGAAAACUAUAAACUUACUGCCGCUUUGUCCAGUCAUAAGAGACGAAGAUCUCAAAGAGAUAUGGAAAAACUGUGUCAGAUGUAAAGCAUUUGGUAUUGGAUGCCUAGUACUGCCCUACAUGACUAUGGAAUCACGGCAGAGCUUGCCUGAACUUCGAAGGAUUGAUAGACGCAAUUUGAUUGCAAGUUUAAAGAAUUUGCACACAGACACAUAUCUUGUGUCAGGUGCAAUGUUUGUAGUCGAGAAUAUGAUCUCCAAGGGUGGUUAUCGUUAGUCAAAUCGCAGUAUCGUAAAUUGAAGAUUUUGAAGCAUCAGUAAUAUCAGUAUCAAUUCACCUUAAUUUAAAGUCUGUUAUGUAUACCCCCAUUAACAUAAUAAUAAGUAGUUGUACUUGUAAGGAGAGAUUCAUGUUUUUUAUAAUCAUUAAGUUCUGUUGUAAUAUAAGCAAAAGGUGCUAAUCUGAAUACCCUAUAGUUUAUAGUAUUGAUUUUAUGUACCUAUCUGUUGUAAGUAUCUAAACUAAGUUAUUAAUUAAGAACUCA